UGGGUUGGCCAAAAGCAAAGCCAAAAGUGAAGUGAAGUGAAGUAGAAAGAGUGGAUGUGGCUUCCAGUACAUAUCAACUUAAUGUCGGUUACCAAAUCCAGAGAGUAAUUUUGUGAAUAUUGGCUAAUAAGCGGCAGUUCAACACAAAAUCAAAAAUACAUACAGUCUCUAGUAAUGUAAACAAGACACAAACACAUUCCUGGCACACAGCUGUGAGCAGUUUCACGGAGGAACUAUUUUCUUUAGACCAAACUGCUCCAACCAUAGUAAUUCUUGUUUUUUUCUGCACGGUGAUACAUAGAAAAUAGUUCCUCCAUGAAACUGCAUAAAACAAAGUGUCAGUGAAUUAUUCUGAGUAGCUGGGUCAUGAUUUCUGGAAAGAGAAGUUGCUGUUGAGUUUUUCAAAUGUAUGUUUUGGCCGCACCACAAGCCCAGUGCCAUCUGCUUCCAUUAUAUUUGAGGGAGGCUUGACACCUGUACAGCCAACGGCCACUCACUCACUCACACAUUCUAGAUGAAUAAGUCUCACUGCAGUUGCUUCCAGUUGGUGAAAGUGGAAUACAUGGACUAUGCACUGCGAGCGAAGGAUGAUGAAUGUGGAGAGUGUUUUUACCAAACCACCGUGAGGAACGACAGUAUGGAAGUUGAAUACCAGGUCAUAGCUGGGUCAGGACUGGAUGUUGGCUUUGCCCUCAUCUCACCCAGUGGAUACCGACUUAUAUCUGACUUCAGGAGAUCUGAUGGCAUUCACAUGGUGGAUCCCACAGAGGAUGGAGACUACAGGUUGUGUUUUGACAACAGUUUCAGUAAGCUGUCAGAGAAGAUGGUGUUCUUUGAGGUGAUCAUCCAUAGUCAGAGCAGUGGAGGUGGAGGCCGAGAUGAUCAAUGGGCGGAUGCGGCCAUGCCAGAGAGCAUAGUGGAAUACAAACUGAAGGACAUCUUGGUGAGGAUGGACACUGUGUAUUGGCACCUGGAGAGGAGCCGUCAGGUCCUGACUGUGCUGCGGGCCUUUGAGGCCAGGGACCGCUACCUUCUGGAGGACAACCUGUGGCGGGUGUCCUUCUGGUCCUGCCUCAACCUGCUUGUCAUGCUCACUGUCGCUGCCACUCAAAUCUACACCCUGCGAGGCCUCUUUGAUAACACCAAGCAGGUCUGCACAUAGCCACAACAAAACUGUUCCAUUAAUUUCCAAUCAAGAGUGCACAGCCUACUUGAAAGUUUGACCCAAAAUCCUUAACCAAUAGGUGUGCUGAAUUUAGAAGUAUAGUUUACAUUUUUGUGAAACUGAUUCAUCAAGCACUAGGGACUUUUUUUUUAUUGUAGCCAAAAAGUUAUUGCUUUGAUGUUCCGUGACUUUGUGAAUUCCAGACACAUCAACCUGAAAAUCACAUUUACAGUACUGUACUAUGCACAUACACACAGAUACAUACUGUAUAUACAUAACAUAUCACAAAAUACCCACACAUAAAAUACUUGGAGCACUGAUAUUUGUAAAUAAUAUCAUUAGGGAAGUUAGAAACCACAGCUGUUCUCACUGGAAUGUUGUUUUAUUGAAUUUCAGAUACCACAUCGACAUUCAUGAACCUAAGCUAUGUUUUAUCAAACCCAUAGCCAAAACAAACCAAGAUAAUAUCAGAAACCUCGCCUCCUGAGUAUGCACUGUAAAAAAAAAAAAAAAAAAAUUUACUAAGCCUCAAGCUGUUCAAAAAAACCCCACAUCUUUAGUCUUUCCUGUGAUAAAAAGACAUGUAUUCACACAGUCAUACUGGUUAUCUCCCUGAUCAGUUUCUCCAUCUGGAGGUUAUAAAUAGUCAGAAAACAGUGAAGUCUUUUGGCUGAAACGUUCACUUCCUUUCCAGUCACUUGUUUCAUGCAGUUGUGAUGAGUAGUAAAAACAUACACAACGCAGCAGGGAAAACCAAUUGUGCAUUUAAAUCACUACCACUAUAUCUUCUCACAGUAUGUUGAAACAUCCUGUGACUGUUCAGCUUCCUAAGCCAUCAUUAACAUUAUAUUCAGUUGUCAUGUGCCACCACUUAAAAUUUAUUUUUCUUUGUUAUCACAGAAUAGAAAUAAAAAAAACAUUUAAAUGUUGAACUGCCUUUUUUUUUUAACUUGGCACUGUAUUUAGGAAUUCAUCCUUUAGAGUUGAUUCAUACUGUAUUAAAAAUGUAGAGUCUUCUGGGCAAUUGUGUGGAAUAAACUACAAGAAAGAAAA